CAAGGUGCAGAGAGGAGGAGGAAUGGAGCAUGAAGAUAAAGUGUGCCUCCUGAGGCAAUCAAAGCCCUGUUGUGUUGUAAGAGCUGGAAGAAAGGGUAAAUAGAAAGAGUCGCAGUGGAGGGAGGAGGUGGUGAAGAGCAAGAGAGGCAGAGGUUGGGUUAGCAGAAUCCCUCAGGGCCAGCAUGAGGAGCACAGGGAUGGAUUUUUUGAAUCCACAUGACCACUAUGCGGACUGCACGGGUGGGCCUUUGAAUCCACAUGGCCAGCGUGAGGACCACAUGGCUGGGCCUUCAAAUCCACAUGACCCCCUUGAGGACUGCAUGGGUGGAUUUUUCGAGUCCACAUGACCAGCAUGAGGACUGUACAGGUGGGCCUUUGAAUCCACAUGGCCAGCAUGAGGACCGCAUGGGUGGGCCUUUGAAUACCCACAGCCUGCAUGACCCUGCUGGAUGUUUGGGUGCUUGCCCAUCACUUUCUAAGCAUUUCUGUUGUCUGUGCCUUUAAGUGCAUCGAUUGCUGACCUGCAGUGGGGUGUGGGGUACAAUAGAAUCAAGGAUGACCCCAGAGCCAUUCCCGCCUGUUUCUGAAGUGAUUGUGCUGUGAAGUUAAGUGUAAAGUUGGAUGAAGAUCUGAAAUGUUUCAUUGUCACUGUUUCAUUAGUUUAUGCUUUAUGAAACAUAGCCAGUGAAUCACUGAUUAUAGAACCUGUGGUAGCUUAACUGUAAUCACACAGGGUGUUGUGAAACUGUUCAAUAAAGCCCAGUUUAGCUAUGGGAGAUGUGGGUUCCAAUUGCAGUUCCCUAACAACUGAUUUGCUGUGGUCAAUUCAGAAAAUAACUUUGUGUCUUAGUCAUUUCAGUAACCAACGUUUAGAAUGCUAAGUGCCAGCGCUGCCCCGAUGCCAUAUGGAUCGUUGUUUAGUCUUGGCCUCUCAGUAGCUGUUCUCAUUUUACAGUUGUAGAAGCUGAUUGAGAAAGCCUAAGCAAGGUCUGUUAAGUGGGAAUAGUGGAAUUUGAGUCAAGGUUUGUUUAAUUGGAAAGCCCAUGAGAGGAAUGGAGCAGUUGUGAAUGUGGAACCUCCAGAGUUUUCAGCGAUUUCUCUUGUUUUUGCUUGGGGUGAGGAGAGGUGAAUAAAUAGGUAUGAUGUGGUAUGUGUGUGUGGUCAAACUAGUACCUAUCAAUAGGUAAUAGACUUUUUUUCUAUAUUAAAUAUGAUACCUAUAGUCAUCUUGUAUGUACUUUUUGUUUUCAGAUUGAAGAUGGAAAAUCCCCAGGACAAUUUCUCAAGUAAUGGUGGCUGUCUAAGUGAUGCAGUUACAGAAAAAUACCUGGUUGAAUCCAAGGAGUCUGUGUCUCAUGUUCAGCUUGCUUGUAGCAUGCAGGACUGUGCUUUCCCUUUGGAUGGGACUGAGCUUUGUAUAUGGAACACGAAGAGUCCUUCUCAUCAGCUUCUAAUCUUACGAGGACACCAUCAGCCAAUUACUGCUAUGGCUUUUGGAAAUAAAGUGAACCCACUUCUAAUCUGCUCAGCAUCGCUGGAUUAUGUUAUAAUGUGGAACCUGGAUGAAUGUAGAGAGAAAGUACUUCAAGGGCUGGUCCCUCGAGGGACUGUCGUGGGCUCGCUUUUGGGAAAGGUGCUGUGUUUACAGUUGAGCCCGGAUGAUCAUGUUGUUGCCGUAUGUGCUGGAAACAAAGUAUUCACACUGGAUAUUGAGACUCAGGCUGUCCGGGCUGAGCUGCAGGGCCACCUGGGCCCAGUGACUGCGGUGGAGUUCUGUCCCUGGCGAGCAGGCACCCUCAUCUCGGUGUCCGAGGACAGAGGCUUUAAGGUCUGGGACCAUUGUACAGGAUCAUUAAUAUACAGUUCAUCUGUGUUAUCAGCAUAUCCUCUUCUCAGCUUGUUCAUUGAUGCAGAAAGCAGGCAGCUGGUCACUGGGUGUGCUGACGGCCAGCUUUGGGUCUUCAGUUUGAUGGAUGAACACCACUAUCGUCGUGGGGCACGGGUUGACCUAAGGAAGAAGACGGAGACUUUCUCCACGAGAAGGCUCAAGUCUGGGCUGUGCAGUCAGCCAGAAGAAAGCCAGCUUCCCUCUACAAGUGUUCUGGGAAAAGGAGAGCAGGUUGAAGUAACAUUUCCUGUACUGAGACUUGCACCCUGCGAUCUCUCACUCAUCCCAAAUUCUGCAUGUGGAUGUCUUUCUUCUGAGAACACCCAGUGCAUGUGGAUUGGAAGUUCGGUGGGCUUGUUCAUAUUUAACCUGGCAAACCUGGAAGUGGAAGCUGCUUUAUAUUACAGGGAUUUCCAGAGCCUCAGCAUCCCGCUGGCCGGAUCGUGUGCCCUGGGGAACCGCACCGCGGAUCACAAGACGCUGUGCUUGCUGGCCUCCCUCUUUGGCGGGAAGAUUGCCGUGUUGGAGAUCGACCUGGCCGCGCUGGUCAGGGCUCAGCAGUGCCCCGGCCUGAGGCAGAGCCUCUGGGUGCCAGCCAGCUCCUGUGUCCUACCGACCUCUCCACUGUAUCUGGAAGUUGCCAAGGAGAAGAGCACCAAGACUGCUAGUGAACGGCGAUGUGCUGCACGGAACGUCAUGAAGGACCAGCGCCUGGUUUUCCACAGUAAAGUUAGGUCAUCUGGUUAUGCGUCAGCACCACAUGUAACUAUGUUUUCACCAAAGACCAACAUCAAGAGUGAAGGGAAAGGAUCUUCGAGACGCAGGAGCAGCUGUGCACGGGAGCCGUACCCCGUGGAGUGUGCUGUGCCCACCAAGCCCGGCCCCCAGGUUGCCGCCGCCCCCACCUGUACACGCGUGUGCUGCCUCCAGUACUCAGGAGAUGGGCAGUGGCUGGCCUGUGGGUUGUCCAACCAUCUAUCCCUCGUUUUUGGUGCCAGGCUGACUGGGACACCUGCUGUGUUUUCAGGUCAUGAUGGGGCGGUGAACACCGUGUGCUGGAGCCAGGACCGGAGGUGGCUGCUCUCUGCGGCCCAGGAUGGGACCCUGCGGGUGUGGUCAGCUCGUGGGGCAGAGCUGGCACUGCUUCUGGGCAGAGACAUGUUUUCUAAACCGAUACAGUCUGCACAGUUUUAUUAUAUAGAUGCCUUUAUAUUGUUAUCUUCUGGCCCUGAAUUUCAGCUACUGAAGUAUCACAUUGACUCUUGCAAAGAUGAGAUGAAGAGAUAUAAACAGAAGAGCAAGUCCAAGCUGAUUUGCAGGCUCUCCACGACCGGUGCAGUAGACAUGACCAGUCUAUCGGCAGUCAACGACUUUUAUUCCCACAUCGUUCUCGCAGCUGGCCGGAACAGGACCGUGGAAGUGUUCGACCUCAACGCCGGCUGCAGUGCAGCGUUGAUAGCAGAAGCCCACUCGCGGCCUGUCCAUCAAAUCUGCCAAAAUAAAGGUUCAUCAUUUACAACCCAACAGCCUCAGGCUUAUAACCUCUUCCUGACCACGGCCAUUGGCGAUGGGAUGAGACUGUGGGACCUGAGAACCCUGAGGUGUGAGCGCCACUUUGAAGGGCAUCCAUCCCGCGGCUAUCCGUGUGGAAUUGCUUUCAGUCCUUGUGGGCGAUUCGCAGCUUGUGGGGCCGAGGACAGACACGUAUGUGUUGUUUGA